GAACCCAAGCCUGCAUAGUACAACGUUCUUAUAUUUCUCAACUCAAAUUACAUCUUCUUACAUUUUUCAAAAGAUGCCGUCUCGUCGAGAUAGGGAAACAGAGAAAUCACUGGAAAGAGAUCGCUCUCGUUCUCCAGGCAGAGCUUACAGCCUACCAUCCGGUGUGGAUCCCAUAUCUGAGAAAGAUUACUUUUUGAAGAGUGACGAAUUCAGAGUAUGGCUAAAAGAUGAGAAAGGGAAGUACUUUGAUGAGCUUUCAGGAGAUAGAGCAAGAAGCUACUUUCGCAAAUUUGUCAAGGCUUGGAACCGGGGGAAAUUAUCCAAAACACUGUAUAGUGGCGUGAAUCUUUCGGCGCAGUCUGCAACGAACCAGACAGCAUAUAAAUGGUCGUUCGGCCCAGGAGUUAGUUCAGAAGCCCUCAGGGCUGUCCGGGAAGAAGUGGGCUCUGCUACAUACGGCCGCGACUUGAAAUCCCAAGCUACUUCAAGUAGUAAGGGUGCUAAUCGUGUACACGGUCCUACAUUACCCUCUGCGUCAGACCUGGUACUGGCUCGAGAGGCCGCAUCAGAAUAUCAAGCCGCAGAACGUGAUUACAAAAGGAAACGAGAUCGCACAGAAGCGAAGGAAAGAGUGGAGGAUAUGGUUGGACCAAAACCAGUCGGCAGAGAAGCUAUGCUAGAAAAGAAGAGAGCACGCAGGGAGAACGACAAGAAUUUCAGGGAGAAGGGCGACGAUGGAUUUGAGGCGGACGAGUCGACAUUACUAGGCGGAGGCGAUAGCUUUCGGGACCACAUCGCAAGACGUGAUGCUGCACGGAAGCGAUUUGAAGAAAAGAGGAACGCAGACAAAGGGGAUAAAAAUUCUUCUACACAAGAACGUGCAACCGCCAUACGAGAGAAAGACAAGGCUACCAUGGAUAUGUUCCAGCAGCUGGCCAAGCAAAGGUUUGGUUGAUUACCUCCGAGGAACUCUCUUGUCCACUACAUGUACUCCUAAUCAACGCUUGCGCCUACUUGUGACACUAUUUUUUCCAUUCAGAAGGAUAUUCGGUUGUACAUCAUACUAACAACACGGCACCUCUGCAUGGGAACGAUCGUUUAUGUCCAGGCUUGGUCCUCGAAAUCAAGGAGACCAUGUUGUUCGACAAUCCAAAUCAGACACUGAACCAUUCCGAAGCUCGUGAAUUACUAUGAGAUUGAUUUUUGUAGAAAACCAGACUGGAACAAUGAAUGUGAGUGUCAGCUGACGUCCAACCGGUUUCAUAGAUGAGUGAGGUGAGUCCCAUGCUCGGUCCUCUAGGUCAGUCAUGGGUGGAGAAGAGCAAGUAUGACUCACAAAAUCACCAUCUCGUUGGUAUAUUCCAAAGGG